CCGCUCUCGGACGCACCUUGCUCGUCGUUCCGCUCGUUCUCCAACUCGUUGCUCGCUUUCAUCGGAUGACAGUGGUCCAUGACCUCACAGUUGCCAUCCAGCAAGUCCAAGUUUGGCCCGUACAAGCAGGCGCUCUCAGCGCUCUCUCAACGCACCCGCACGCCGCUCCCAUCCCUCAUCCUCUCCUUCGGCAUCCUGCAUGAGCUAACCGCAAUAGCCCCCAUCGCAGGAUUCUUCUUUGCCGCACGAGGCCUGGGAGUAGGAGAGGGCGUCAUCCGUGCACUUGCGCCACAGCCUAGCGCUGAAGGCGAGAGAGGGUUCGCUGCACAAUUUCGUGAGAGCUGGGUCGCGCAGCGGUUCAGGAAGUGGAUGGUCGAAGGGGAGGCUCGAGCAGAGCGAGUCGGGAGAAGAUAUGGGUGGCUUGGGUAUGAAAAGGGGAGUAUACCGUCAGUGCCUUUGCCUGGGGAGCAGGCAAAGCACCAUGCUGAGGCCGUCAUGACGGGGAGGAUCGCGGGGGACGUCGCGAAUGCAGUCGUCGCGUAUGCGUUGACGAAGGCCCUCCUUCCAGUUAGGAUCGGCUUGUCGAUGUAUCUCGCCCCACCCUUCUCAAGGACAUUCGUACAACCAGUUACAUCGGCGUUCAUCCGUAUAUUCCGACGGAAGUCAUCAUAACUGGUGCAUGUAAAUAGAUCAUUCCUACUCACCGUGUUGGGUGAGGCUGUGUACAUUGGUAUGGGCGUACCUUCGUCGCUACAAAUGCUUCCCGCACAGUCGCACUCUUUGAGCCUCUUCGUACAUGCGCAUGUCAAUUUGAUAGCGAAUUUCGACACCC